GUCCAAACCCCAAUGCGGUCUGAACAAACUGCCCAGGGCCGUCAUACGAAAGAGCCACUGCGCACAGGACCCUCUUAUUUACAAUGAAGGAGAGAAGAAUCAGCCAGCCUUUGGUAAUGCGUUGUAAACUGGUUUUAGUAGGAGAGGUGCAGUGCGGGAAAACCGCAAUGUUGCAAGUCUUGGCCAAAGACUGUUAUCCUGAGACAUACGUCCCAACGGUGUUUGAGAACUACACCGCUGGACUGGAAUUAGAGGAGCAGCGCGUGGAGCUUAGUUUAUGGGACACGUCAGGUUCACCGUAUUAUGAUAAUGUCAGGCCUCUCUGCUACAGUGAUGCAGAUGCUGUUCUGCUCUGCUUUGAUAUAAGUCGCCCUGAGACCGUCGAAAGCUCUCUGAAAAAGUGGAAAGCCGAAAUCAUGGAUUUCUGCCCCAGUACUCGAAUAAUCCUAGUCGGCUGCAAGACAGACCUGAGAACAGAUGUUUGCACACUGAUGGAGCUGUCCAAUCAGAGACUGACGCCCAUCUCCCAUGAGCAGGGCACCUUGUUGGCAAAGCAGGUAGGAGCAGAGGUGUACCUAGAGUGCUCUGCAUUCACAUCGGAGAAGAGCAUCCACAGUGUGUUCCGCUCAGCGGCACUAACAUGCCUCAACAAACUGCAGCCCCCCAUAAAGCAAAGCCCCACUCGCCGGCUGUCCAAACGCCUCCUUCACCUGCCCAGCAAAGCAGAGCUCCUGACCUCCUCCUUCAGCAAGGAGAGAACCAAGAGCUGUUCCAUCAUGUGAGCUCCAUGUGUGCCACUCCAAUUCCAGAAAAAAAAAAA